AUGGAAGUUACCAUCAGCAACAACGAAAAUGAAAUUCAAAUUGGCAUCAAGGACACGCAGCAGUUGAAUCCAAAAGAUCAGGACCGACACGAUUCAAAACUUCAAAACAAUUUCAUUGAAACCGUGGAAACAAAGUCAACAAAGCGAGUCAACAAUGAAGCAUUUUCUCCAGUUGCAAUGGAGAAAUACGGACAAAGCAGAAUCAGUUUUUCUUCUAAAAAACAACUCACUGCCACACAUUACACACCAGCUGAAGAAUCACAUAACUUUGGAUUCAAUCUCCACGUACUCGACCACAAGAUAACAACUCAAUGGCAAGAAGAUAAGCAUCCCUGGGAUCCAGGGACACAACAAAGGUAUCAACUAGCGCCUCGAACACAAUGGAUGCCUACACCACUGCUCGAUCAAGCAGCGAUAUUGUCAUUUCUGAGUAUACUGUAUAUUUUUAGCAUUCCUCAUGGACCUUCAACUUGCAAUGUGUUUUCAAUCUGGCCUCAAUGGAAUUUUGGGAACUCUAACAAUUAUUGGAUGCCAAUCGGACAAGGUUCACACUUCUUCUCUUAUUUGCUGCCGCCUCAAAGCGCCGCCAAUCUCCAAUUUCGAUUGCCGGAAUUUUCAAUGAUAUGCUACCAAAGAUAUCAAAUCAAAUCGACAAUGGAUUGUCCAAGAUGCCGAUAA